CGUCCUGUUCCGGGACACGGGCUUCCUGUUUACAUGGCAGCCCGGAAGUCAGCUCCUCCGUGAGGGAAAGGGGAGAGCGGGCUGUCCUGCAGGCGGGCCGGGAUGCUGUUCUCGGUUAAUAUCAAGCUGUCCGCCAGGACCUUAACGGGAACGCUGAGCGGCCAGAACCGGGGGGCAGCGGACUGGGGUUGGCAAGGACUAAUUGCCCAUGGCUGUCAUUCACUGAUUUUGAUCAUUGAUCCGAACACUUCGCAGAUCAUUCAGGUUCUGGAACAGCAUAGAGCAAAUGUUGUUAAGGUAAAAUGGGCUAGAGAAAAUUAUCACCAUAAUAUUGGCUCUCCCUAUUCUCUGCGCUUGGCAUCUGCAGAUACCGCAGGAAAGAUUAUUGUUUGGGAUGUAGCUACAGGAGCAGCUCGAUGCGAGAUUCAGGAAUACACCAAACCCAUUCAAGAUAUGGAAUGGCUGCAGAAUCAGGAUGCCUCUCGGGACCUGCUAUUAGCAGUUCAUCCACCAAACUACAUAGUUCUUUGGAAUGCAGACACCGGUACAAAAUUAUGGAAGAAAAGUUAUGCAGAAAACAUACUCUCCUUUUCCUUCGAUCCCUUUGAGAUAUCUAAUCUAGCAUGUCCAUUAAUUCCAUUAACAUUAAAACUUAAAAAAUUAAUACUGACCAGUGAGGGUAUAGUGUUUAUCUCGGACUUUUCACCAUCCAAACCUCCCAGCAGUUCAGGGAAAAAGGUUUAUAUAUCAAGUCCUUAUUCAAGUCCUGCUCAUACAAAACCAGCAGCUACUGGUGCCAAGAAAGCUUUAAACAGAGUGAAAAUCCUCAUCACUAACGAGAAACCAAAUGCAGAGUCUGUAACUCUGAAUGACUGCCUGCAAUUAUCUUAUCUGCCAUCAAAGAGGAACCAUAUGCUGCUGUUGUACCCCAGAGAAAUCCUGAUUCUGGACUUGGAGGUGAACCAGACUGUCGGCAUUGUGGCAAUUGAAAGAACAGGAGCUCCUUUCUUACAGGUUAUUCCUUGUCGCCAACGAGAUGCAUUGUUCUGUCUUCACGAAAAUGGCUGUAUAACAUUAAGAAUACGUCGACCAAAUUCCAGUUCACUGGCAGUGCCCGUUGAAGAACAGGAUCCAGAUCAGCCUGCUCAAGAACUUGCUUAUGACUUGCGUUGUCAGUGUGAUGCUAUCAGAGUCACUAAGACAGUCCGUCCUUUCAGCAUGGUGUGCAGUGCUGUCAAUGAAAAUUCUGCUGCUUUGAUUGUUAGUGAUGGCAGAGUGAUGUUGUGGGAGUUGAAAUCCAACCUCUUGGGACCAAAACCUUAUUACAGUUACUCAAGUUCCACAGCUUCUCCUUUGUACUGUCCAGCUUCAUUUUGUGGAAUCCCUUUGAGCACCCAACAAAAAAAGCUUCCAGACCUCUCCUUGGAUAACAUGAUCGGGCAAAGUUUAGCUGUAGAUGAAGAGCUGCCAAGGGCUUUGAACCAGCAGGAAGUUCAACUGAAGUUCCUACUGACUGGCUUGUUGUCCGGUCUCCCACAGCCACCAUUUGUUAUACGAAUGUGUCCACCACUCACUACCAAGAACAUAAAAAGCUAUCAGCCAUUGUUGGCUGUGGGUACCAGCAACGGAUCUGUGUUAAUUUAUCAUCUUACUAGUGGAUUGUUAUACAAGGAAUUAAGCAUACAUUCCUGUGAAGUCAGGGGCAUUGAGUGGGCAAGCCUGACCAGCUUUCUUUCUUUUGCCACCUCGACACCGAAUAAUUUGGGACUAGUGCGGAAUGAACUGCAGCUGGUUGAUCUACCAACAGGGAGAAGUAUUGCAUUUAGGGGUGAGAGAAGCAAUGAUGAACCACCAAUAGAAAUGAUGAAAAUAUCCCAUUUGAAGCAGUUCUUAGUUGUGGUGUUCAGAGACAAGCCGUUGGAGCUAUGGGAUAUUAGAACAUGCACUCUGCUUCGUGAAAUGACGAAGAACUUUCCUGCAGUUACAGCUCUGGAGUGGUCUCCUUCCCACAACUUGAAGAGUUUGCGCAGAAAGCAGCUUGCAGCUCGAGAAGCCAUGGCCAGACAAACAGUUGUUUCUGAUACCGAAACCAAUAACAUUGAGUCACCUAUGAUCAGUUUACUGCAGGAGGCAGAAAGUAAAGCCGAACUUAGUCAUAACAUCUCUGCACGGGAGCACUUUAUAUUUACUGACAAUGAUGGACAGACCUUCCAUCUCACUGUGGAAGGGAAUAUAGUGAAGGAUGUAGUCAGAAUUCCUCCAGAUGGAGACAUGGGCAGCAUCACAUGCAUUGCAUGGAAGGGAGAGAUGUUGGUGCUAGGGGAUGUUGAUGGAAAUAUGAACUUCUGGGACUUAAAAGCUAGGCUUUCAAGAGGAAUUCCUACUCACCGUGGUUGGGUAAAGAAGAUUCGUUUUGGUCCUGGGAAAGGAAACAUGAAACUUUUAAUGAUGUUUAACGAUGGAGCUGAAGUUUGGGAUUCUAAGGAGGUUCAAAUGAUAAGUAGCAUGAGAACUGGUCGCAAUGUCAGCUACAAGGUCCUUGACGUAGAUUGGUGCAGUUCUGAUAAAGUUGUUCUGGCUUCUGAUGAUGGCUGCAUCCGAGUUUUGGAAAUAGCAAUGAAAUCAGCAAGUUACAGAAUAGAUGAACAGGAGUUAACAGAUCCAAUUUGGUGCCCUUAUCUCCUCCUUCCAAGAUCUUGUUUUGUAUUGAAAGCUUUCCUAUUGCAUCAACCAUGGAAUGGACAGUACUCACUUGAUAUUAUGCAAAUCUGUUAUUCAGAAAAUGGAGAAAUAAAAUGUCUUAUGCAAGAACAAUUAAACUCUAUAUCAAACGACAUCCAGCAGCUUCUUGUAGACCCUGAAUUCCAACUGCUACAACGAUGUUUAUUGGUGGCAAGGCUUUUUGGUGAUGAGUCAGAACUGCUGUUCUGGACCGUUGCUGCUCAUUAUUUGUACAGAUUCUCAAAGAGAAAAGACCUAGUUACAGAAAAUGGUGUUCAGGAGAACCAGGCCAGCCCACUGGAUAUUUGCUACGACGUCCUGUGCGAAAGUUCCUACUUCCAGAGAUCCCAGAUUGAGCGAGUUAACCUGCAAGAAGUGAAAAGGACAACGUAUGAUCACACAAGGAAAUGUGCAGAUCAGUUACUUUUAUUAGGCCAGACGGACAGGGCAGUGCAAUUGCUGCUGGAAACCAGUGCAGAAAAUCCAAGCUAUUACUGUGACUCCUUGAAAGCCUGCCUAGUUACCACCAUAACCUCGUCAGGUCCUUCCCAGAGCACCAUAAAAUUGGUGGCUACCAACAUGAUAGCAAAUGGGAAGCUAGCAGAGGGUGUACAGCUACUUUGUCUAAUAGAUAAAGCUGCCGAUGCUUGUCGAUACCUGCAGACUUAUGGAGAAUGGAAUCGAGCCGCGUGGCUUGCCAAAGUGCGUCUAAACACAGAGGAGUGUGCGGAAGUGCUGAAGCGGUGGGUGGAUCAUCUUUGUUCUCCACAGGUGAAUCAAAAGUCCAAAGCCAUCCUCGUCCUCCUUUCACUGGGCUGUUUUAGCAAAGUUGCUGAAAUGCUUCAUAGCAUGCGUUAUUUUGACAGAGCUGCAAUAUUCUUGGAGGCUUGUCUCAAAUAUGAAGUUCUUGAAAUGAAUGAAAAUACAGAGAAAUUUUGCAAUGCAGUUUAUGCAGAUUAUGCAAGGUAUUUAAAGAUGCUGAAUCUGAAGCAAGGUGCGAUUCUCUUUGCCACAAAAGCAGGGGAUGCAGGAGCUGAACUACUUAAGGAGCUGCACCAGAGCAAAGAGGAUAAAACUGUUUCAUGACUUGAAGAUGCUAACCUUUGAAAAUACACUGGCCCUCUUCAGCUUCAAAGGUUACCUUGCCUGGUCCAUGAUGAGAAUAUAGUGUUUUGAAUGUUAAGUUCCAGUUCUGACCUAAAUAAAUUACAUUCCAAUUGUUGCGGUGAAAAUCAACCAAAUGCAUAUAGGAGGUUCUUCAUGCAGUGUUCUCUGGCGUAUCUAGAUUUUUGAUAUGGUGACAAUUUUGUUUAUGCCUAACUUCUUUCUCUAUAAUAUUCUUAGCUAUAAUAUUUUUAUAAGUUCCCAUAGAGGAUCUCACAGUCAGCAUUCCCUGUGCAGUUAUCGCUUUGACAAACGUAGGCAAGGAUUGCGGACCUACAACAUAAUCAGAAAAUGUUUUACAGUAUCAGUCAUCGCAUUUCGAGCUUCCUUUCUGUUUAACUAUACACAAGUAACUGUAUUGUUGCUUGAAAAAUUAGAUGUAUUGAAAUGUGAAAUAUGGAUGAAUGAUUUGUAAAAUGAAAUAUCUGAUACUGUAACUGGACCUUGUUCUUAAUUCAGUGUUUAAUCUGCUACAAAUUAGUAAUAUCAAGGGAGGUAAAACAACUUUGUGGUGUGGUCCAGAUGGGUGCAUAACCAGGAACUAGUAGUACCAUUAAAAAGGUCAGAGCAGAUAUGGUGUCAGAAAAGACCAAAGUCAUACACAGUAAAAUAGAUGAUUUGACUUCCUCUCAAGCCAAGAGUUUCAGACGUCUGAAGAGAAGCUAGAGAAAGGAGAAUGAAGAAAAAGGUGUAAAAUACAAAGAACUUAAAAAAUAUUGGAACCAGGCAUUACAGUCAUUAUGUAACAUUACAUAUUAUGCUUGCAAUCUUCUGAGCAAAAGUGCUGGUAUGUUUUUUCUGUGAGUUUGAUUCCAAUGUUGACCAAAUUCUACUAGUACACAAUCAUUAUUAUAACAAACAUUUGUGAUCCAUUUGUUAAAUUAUAUUUGCAACAUUCCAUAGUGAGACAUUCUGGGAGGGUUGUAACCCGACACGUGAUCCUCCUUUCAUGAAUAUUAAAUGGAUUUAAUGUUCUUUCCACACUGGUUUAUUUCUAGAAAUUGGGGAUAAACAUGAACAAAGUAGAUGAUUCAUUUAUAUGGAACUAUGUUUUCUUUUCCUGGCGUAAAAGGUACAUUCUCACUACUGAUCGAUCCAAAAAAAACCAAUGAACUUUUCUAACAAAAUACAGCUUUUCACAUCAUUGUAGAUGUUCUACUUAUUUUGUAAUUGGAGAAGUAAGUCUUCCCUACAGAAAGCCCUCUCAGUGGCCACGUGCAGUACCUUAGAUGAUUCUGAUAUCAUUCAUGGCCUUGAUUUGGCUACGAUGAAAUGUUGUCUUUUGGCAGGGAUAAUUUGAUAAAGUUGCAUUAAUAAGUCCAAUAGAUACAGGUAGUUCAUUGUAGCUAAAUCUCAUGUACUGUACAUCCGAAGUUAUAAACUGGUUGGCGUGCAAUUUUUAGAUGCUGUGCACCACUAAAGAAUUUGUAUUUCUGUAUCUGCUUAUCUCUCUGGCAAAUUCCAGCACACUUUGUUGUAUUGUGUCUAUAAAGUAUUGAUAUAAAACACCAGUGUCUUCACAGAGCAAUUAGAAAUAUGUCCUGAUUAUAAUGAUAAUUUAUAAAAUCUCUUAAAAAUUUCCCUUUUGCUUCCUCGGA